AUGGCUUUAGUCGCAUACGAAAACAGUGACUCGAGUGACUAUGAGGAGGAAACCAAUAAUUAUACUGCAAUUUCGUUACUGAACACCAAAACUGAAAUUAAGCACGUUCCAGAUCCAACAGUAUCGAAGCCUGUUACGACAAUUGAGGAUGAACAAAAGUUAGACCCGGAACAGAAUAGACUGAGCUUAUUUAACUUCUUACCUCAACCAUCGAAACAAAAACCAGCAGUCAUUGAAGAAGAUGAUGAAUUCUUACACAAGAAAGAAAUAACAAAUGCUGUGAAACCUAAAGCCAGGAUAACAGUACCCUCACUAAAUGAUUUUAAAGAUGUUAAAGAUAGCCCAGUUAUUGUUAAACCAAGAGCACCAGCAGACAAAAAGUCUAGCUUGCUAAGUAUGCUACCGCAGCCAAGAAACGGAGUGAAGUCCACUACAGUGUCAUUAAUACCCCAAGUGCUCAAAAGAAAGCCAGAAGCUCCAGUAAAAAAAGCCCCCUUACCAACACCACCUAAGAAAUGCAAAGUUGAUAGCACACAUCUGGUGAAUGAAUAUUCUGAUGAAAGUGAUAGUGAAGAUCUACAGAAUGACUUCUUCUCAAUACACAAACCUGUGGAAAUACCUGAUGAUGAACAACUACCGCUAGACAUAGAUCACAACACUAAGAAGCCCAACAAACCCAAAGGAAUUGAGUCUUUCUUCAAGAAGGAGGAAGAAAUCAAACAUGUGGUAUUGGAGCCAGACUAUGAUCAAAAUAUGGAAGAGCAGGCUGGUGGUUCCAGCUAUGAUGAUGCUACUUAUGGAGCUGAGGGUUCCAACAAUGAUGUACUGCUUAAUGAAGAAGCUAUCAUGAAGCUGUGUGGUGCACGUGGCAAACGGAAACGUGAGGAGAUUCAGAUAGUAGAUGUAAAUCAAGCAGAGGUGUUGGCAGAUGCAAGGGAGAUGUUGAUGAAGGGACUCAUGGACGACACUACUAAACGUGUGUCUGCUAGCAAGAAGAAAGGAAACGAGCCCACCACCCAACAGAGGAGGAAGCACCAAAUCACAUAUUUGGCUUAUCAGGCUAAAGCAAAUGAAGCAGAAUUACAGAACCAAUGGGCAAACAACAGGAUGUCGAAAAGACAAACACAAGCCAAAUAUGGCUUCUAG